AUGGCGGUUCUUAAAGACGACAUCCUACCCGCUGCGGUAUAUAACACUCUUCCCCACAUCGAUAAUAUGAAGAAAGUGCCGGUGAAGAAUGCCGACGACAUUCGCGACCUAUCAGCCCUGCUGCAAAAGUACAAGCUCGGCGAUCGAGUGCGCAUCAAGCUCAUCCACAUACACUUUCAACUCAAGGAAGGGGAAGUGUUCGCUGCCAGGGAUGUAAUAGUUCCCAAAAUUGGGCCAUGCAACAUCAUGCAGGCUGUUCCCGCGCGACAGUCUCAACCACUCUACGGCCACCACUAUUUCGUCAACACUGACGGUGAUCUUGCGGCAUACGAGUAUAUGAGCCAACCCGGGCCGGACAUGUCGCAACAUCAAACUUUCGUCCGAGAAUUCUGCAAGCUCGUGCAGGAGAGGCACCUACAGCACACACUAGGCUUAUCACUACGACACUCAGAGCUGUUCCAUGCCACCAACGAGCUCGAGUACCCAGUGAAGCGAGUUUGCAUCGACGUACCUGCCGAAGUACCACUGCCGUACGAACUGACCAGCUUCGAUACCACGACCGAGUUCUUGAUGGCUUCAUUCACCGAUGACGGUUCAGAGCCGGUGGCACGUACCUUCGGCACCAAACACGUACAUCACUCGCAUUGCACUUAUAGAAGACGCCGACAACUCGACGACGCAGAGGAGGAGUUCUCAGACAGCAAGGAAUUCGAUGGUAAGGACUCUUCUGAUGACCACACUACAUCCAGUAGCGACGCCUCCGACGGCCACACCACAGCCAGCAGUGACGACUCCGAUCUCGACUUCAGCGGAGAGUACGACGAUUCCUACGACUCCGAUCCAACGGACGGAUUGUGUGUCACGAACGGACCACCGCGGCAGAUAAAACUCGCUGGUCUCAAGCUAGAACCAGGCGCGGGUCUUUACAAGAUUGUGUCAGUGGUAUCGGACCAUACGUAG